AAAUAGAGUAGUCUAGAUGAUCUAUAUAGAUAAUUUAGAUAUACAGAAAAAAAAAUUACUUUUAAUAUUGAAUAAAUUUAUUUAAAGUAUAUCUAACUAGUCUAGAGCUAUAUGUAUAUAUAAUCAUUAUGAUUAUCAUUUUAUGAUUAGAUCUAAUCAAAUCUAAUCUAUCAAUGAAUUGACUCUAAGUCUAAUAAAGUCUAUAAUAAAUUUCUAAUCGAGUUAAGUCAAUGGAAAAAUGUCAGCUGAUUCUAGCGAUGAAGAAGAUUACAUGUCAGAUGCAUUUCUUCAAAAAUGUGCUGAUACAAGGCCUGGGUUAGUUCCAAAAAGACUCCAUGACAGAUAUGAAAAAGAAAAGAAACAGAAGGAAUCUCAGAAACAAAACAAGACUGUCUCCAAACAGAAACUUGAAAUAAUUCAACGCGAGGCUGGCCUGAGCUCUAGCAUUCCCACCGAGAGUAAAGGAUUUGCCCUGCUCCAAAAGAUGGGAUACAAACCAGGACAGGGUAUUGGGAAACUAGGAACAGGUAGAAUUGAACCUGUACCUAUCGAAGUGAAGAACAACCGUCUUGGUUUAGGGAAAGAUACAGAAAUGAAACGUAAAGCCAUUGAAAUGAAUACAAUGAGGUCAAUGAUGGCUGUCAAACGUUUGAAGACUGAUGAGAAGCAAAGGAACAAUUUUUUGGAUCGAAUGAGAGAAAAGUUUUCCACUCAGAGUGUGGAUAGGGAUUUGAGAAUGGCACAGAAUGUUUGUAUACAAUUAGAUCAGGAACAGGGCUUAACAGAACCAGGGGAAGUGUUCUUCUGGCCAGCCAGUUGUCUCCCAUUGCAAGAGAAUGAAGGUGAUGACCUUCAACCCAAUGACUUCCAGGAAGAAAAGGAUGACAGUGAUGUGGAUGAAGUCGUGGACUGUCCAGCGUACAUGGAAUUUUCUGAAUUUGAAAGAUUGGACAUACUAACCCGCUAUCUACGCAACACAUAUUUUUACUGCCAAUGGUGUGGAGUCAAAUACAAUGAUAAAGUUGACCUUGACACGAACUGUCCUGGCAACACGAGUGAAGCUCAUGAAUAAUGUGAAACCAAAGCCAUGAACUCAACAUUUCAGACAGUGUUGGAGAUGUUGGUUAUCUAGCCAGAGAAUCUUUGUUCAUAUCUUGACAUGAUCAGGAUUAGUACAAAUAUCUGAGUUCAUUAGCCAAUGGUACCUGACAUUUGUCCCAAAAGUCGCAGCUGGCUCCUCACACAAUGCACUUAUUGGCUACAGAAAAAGGUGAACUUAACUUCACCUUACCCUUGGACUUAAGAGGUUGGAUAUGCAAAGCGUGACUAUAUCAAAUCAAGACAAAAAAUAAAAAGCUGACACCAGCAGCAAGUUUCUUCUCAAAUAUUAAAUCAGUAAAAAAGAAUACAUAAGAAUAUUUUGAUGUUCAAUUGGUAAAAUGAAUUUCAUUAUAUUUUUGUAUGAAAAAUGUUGUUGUUGAUAUUAGGCCUAACUUGUUCUACAGUUAGUCCCAUUUGUUAUUUGGGAAGUCAUGUUAGCUACUAAAUCUGGGCAGAUAACUCUUUUUUUUAUCUAAGCUUUUUAUAAAGGAUUCAAACAAUCAUCACUAAUUCAUAAGUAUUAAUUUAGUUGUUUCGUUUUCAAUCUUGUAUUUUUAGCAUCUCAGUUAGCGAAUAAGAAACCAUUGAUUUGUUUGCUUUUUGUCUGUCCAUAUGUCUGCUUGAUUAGUUCAGAUUAAAAAAAAAACUUACAGUGCUAAUAAUUGUUUGUAUGUUCGUAACAGUUGUCUAAUGAAUGUGAUAAAUUGUAUCAAAAUUUGUGUGUUACAGAUACAAUCUUCUGAAAGUGCAAUUUUCUUUUAAAACUAACUAUGCAUACUGUAUGUAUGUACAUAUGAGAGUUUAAAAUAUGUUCUGCGCUAGAAUGAAGUUUUUAUUGUUAACUCCCAGUGUAAUAAUACAAUUCAGGUUCCAUUCAGAAUAAAUAAGCAAAUCUUAUCUUAUAGUAUAUGAUACAGAUGUUACUUCAAAAAAGAAGAUGAUUACGUCCUAAGCGUUAUGCGUUUAGUCAUGCAUAUUAACCAAUGACCUAAACUCCGCCAAGUCACUGGUUUUCCUGGCUAGCUCGGGCAACCCAUUCCAUGCUCUAAUAGCGCUAGGGAAGAAGGAGUAUUUUUACAAAUUUGUCCUAGCAUAUGGAGGGAAAACCAAAUAUAAUUAAGUUUUUUUAUUAAUUUUUUUCCUACAAAUAUUUUAAACGAAAGUGUCAAUACUGCAAUGUAGAAAGCCAUCCAUAAAAGUUGACUGUUCUAUACUUGUAUACAUUCUUUGAAAGUUUACAUCUUGUUCUUUUUUUAUUUCAUUAAAAUAAUUGCUUAAACUUUUUAACAGAUACAAGAGUUGAAGAGUGAAUGGUUUUAAACAAGUUUUAAUAGUUAUGUUGAUCUUUAAAUAACUGUGUAUGAAUGAAAGGGGACAGAACUUUAUGGUUAAAAUCUAAUUAUUGGAAGUAUAUUAUGUCUUACCAUUAAUCUAAGAGUGUGAAAAGUAUAUAAAUGUCUUGGUAAUUAAUGUUGAAUGAGUCAUGAAGUUCUUGCAUAAAAUGUUGUAGAGAAACAUAAAAAAGAGAUUGUUGAAAGAAUGCUGAUAAAACUUCCAGUUGAAGUGACACAAGAGACUUCCUGUCCUAUUAUGUUGUGGUUGUGAAUUACAUUCAAUGACAACUUUUA